AUCACUAGUUUUGCAUACUAUUAAAAUUCUGAAAGUUCAUAAGAACGUUACUUACAAUUGAAUUGAAGAUGAUCAAAAUUAUCUUAUUGGGUGUUUUAGGAAUGGUUGUCUGUCAACCCUCACUGCCAGGCGGAUGGCACACAUUUAGAGGUCAUUUAGGGGUUGAUAUUCUCCUAGCAUGCAAAAGUAAACUAGAAUCUGAAAAUUUUGCAGUGCAUAAUGUUAUUCCAAUGGACCCCAUUCUCGAACAGGUUGUUGCAGGGUAUAAUUACAGAUUUAAUGCAACAGUAGAACAUGUUAAUCACAAGGCCAUCACUUGUGAGUUCCAUCUCUUCAAAGACUUACAACAACAUGUAGAAGUCACAUCACAUAACUGUCCCACUCAUACGUAAUAUGAGUCGAUAUCAAGAACUGAACGAUGAUUGACUCCAAUAUAAUCAUAUCGACAGAACACAACUGUCUAUUGCUUAAAAAUAAAAGUGAACUAAA